GCCGGGCGGGGGCCAUGGCGGCGCCGCGCUCCUUCAGCGCCGCGGAGGUGCGGGAUCGCUGCGCGCGGGGCGAGUGCCUGGUGCGGUGCCGCCGCCGUCUGUACGACCUGAGCGCCUUCGUGCGACUGCAUCCCGGCGGCGAGCGGCUGCUGCGGAGCAGAGCGGGCACCGACGUGAGCGCCGCGUUAGACGGGCCCCCGCACCGCCACUCGGCCAACGCCCGGCGCUGGCUCGAGCAGUACUACGUGGGCGAGCUGCGGGACGAGCAGAGCUGCCCCAAGGCUGAGAAGCCGCUGGACGCUGCAGCCCCACGGCUGGAUCCCCGCUGCAAGCCGGUGGACGUGGGCACGGACCUGGUGGACUGGCGGAAGCCCUUGCUGUGGCAGGUGGGCUACCUGGGGGAGAAGUAUGACGAGUGGGUGCACCAGCCCGUGGAUCGGCCCAUCCGCCUCUUCCACUCGGAUUUUAUUGAGGCCCUCUCCAAGACGGCGUGGUAUGUGGUGUUCCUGGUGUGGACCCCCGUGGUGCUCUACCUCAGCUGGCUCAGCUACACAGCUCUGGCACAGGGCGACACCAGGCUCUUCUCCUCCUUCACCGCAGAGUACUCCAUCCCCGUGCACAAACACUGCUUCCCCUUCAUCUUCCUCCUGGGGAUGUUCCUGUGGUCCCUGCUAGAGUACCUCAUCCAUCGCUUUGUCUUCCACAUGAAGCCACCCGCUAGUAACUACUAUCUCAUCACCCUGCAUUUCCUGCUGCACGGGCAGCACCACAAGUCCCCCUUUGACAGCUCCCGCCUGGUCUUCCCCCCGGUGCCGGCCUCGCUGAUCAUGGCCUUCUUCUACGGCGUGCUGCGGCUGCUGCUGCCCGAGGUGCUGGGGCUGUCUGUGUUUGUGGGAGGGCUGUGUGGCUACGUGGUGUACGACAUGAUGCACUACUACCUGCACUACGGCUCGCCGAAGGAAGGCACCUACCUGUACGGGCUGAAGGCGUACCACGUCAAGCACCACUUUGAGCACCAGAAGUCAGGCUUCGGCAUCACCACCCGCUUCUGGGAUCACCCCUUCCGGACGCUCAUCCCCGAAGAGACCUUUGAGAAAGAGGACUGAUGGCCCCGGCGCUCAGCCGACCGUGCUCAGGGCCGUGACGGCUCAGAACGCUGUGCUGCCGAGGGUCGGCACCGUCCUCCUUGUCCCUCUCCGUCGCCCGUCGUGGGGCCGCUCCAUCCCCUCUGUGCUGCCGCUGGGGCCGGGGGGUGUGGAGGUGGGGAGGGGGCCGGAGGAGGCUGUUGGGGCUCCAGCUCUUCCCAUUGAGAGCACUGAUGAGCGGGCACCUCUGUGCCUGGAGGAUGAAGUGCCGGCUGCCUCGAGCCCCCCCUGCUACACCCCGCACCCCCGCCUCUCAGUGCCUCCCUGAGCCGCCCGCUGCACUGCGCCCAACUCCCACCCGGGGGCUCCGACCUCUCGGGUUGCCUGUGGGGGGGGGGAGGCAAAAUAACCGAGGGAAAUCAAACCAAACCCGCGCUGCCUGCCCGUGCAGCGGGCUUCCCUUGCUCUGCGGUGCCAGGCGGGCGUCUGGCAGGGCGGCCUUGGCCUUUCUCUAACCAGCGCUCCCAUCUCCCUGUCAGGUCUGUUUGACUUUGCAUUCGUGUGGUCCUCAGCUACUUGAAACUUAAACUCCAAUGAAUGGAAUUGCUAAAAGAUGCCUGUUUUUUUUUGGUUUGUUUUUUUGGGCUGAUCCUGUGAUUAUUAUUAGUAUUUUUUUUUUUUUCUAAUGUUUACUGCAGAUAUUUAAAGGUUCGGAAUGAAGCUAUUACGUACGACUGUAGACAUGGCAAUUGUAAAUAAACUGUAUAUUUUGAAAAAUAAAA